UGCGCUUCAGAGCACCCCGACGGAGGUGUGAGACUGACCGAGCACGCAAUUACUAAUGUUGUAAUGAAAGCAUGGAUAGUGUAAGCUUUUCGUCCCCCCCUGGGAGCCUUCCGAGAGUGUUCGGGCGUUUCGACUGCCCCGUGUGCGUGUGCGUGUGCCACUUUCUCGCCAUCCCUUAAAAGACUCCACGCCUCCCCGCCCUCUUUUGUCGGGUGGCUUGGAGCUUGCAACAAACUGCCCCUCCUUUAUUUGUUCGCUCCCCCGCCACCACCGCCAACGACAACGACCGACCGAUCCAAACCUAUUACGGGUUCGAAUUACGCAGCAAGACAAAAAAAGAGUCUAAUACGCGCUCGUUGUCGUCACCCCCCCGGUCGUUGAAGACAAAUUACAAACGCAAACCAAUUUCACAAUGUCUGAUCUCCCCGUCGACGCCGUCCCCGCGCCCGUCGACGCCGACACGCCCAAAGACACCGAACCGGCCGGCGACACCAGCUCGCCCACCGGCGACGCCCCAGAGCAUGUCUAUACCUUCAACGUGACCAUGACCUGCGGCGGGUGCUCGGGCGCCGUGGACCGGGUGCUGAAGAGGCUUGAUGGUGUCAACAAGUACGAGGUGUCGCUCGCCGACCAGAAGGCGACCGUCUACGCCGGCGAGUCGCUGCCUUACGACAAGGUCCUGCGCACCAUCGCCAAGACGGGCAAGAAGGUCACCAAGGGCGAGGCCGACGGCGUCGAGCAGAGCGUCGAGAUUGCUCCCGAGGCGUAAAGGGACAUUGCUUUUUUUUUUUUUUUUUUUUUUUUUUUUUUUAAAAAAAAAAAAAAAAAAAAAAAAAAAAAAAAACCCUCUUUGGAAGGACAAAGCUGGACACGAAGCGUGAUGGCUUUUUCUUUUCCUCUUUUUUUUUUUUGAUCUUGAUGUGUCUUUUUACUCAUUUUCAUAGCCAGCCGGUACCGAGCACGCACAC